AUGCCGCCGUACACAAUUCAAGUGAGAGGUCUUCCGGAAGAGACGAGCGAAAACGCCGUUCGCGACUUCUUUAGCCGUGUGGGCGAAGUGACUGAAUGCGCGCUGAACGGCACCGCUGCAACACUUUCGUUUGACAACGCGGACGACUUUAACGAGGCGCUCAACAUGGACGGCAUAGAGUUCGAAAAGGGUGCCACCAUUCAGGUCGAUAAGAAGGAAGCAGAGAAGACAGAGGAGGAGCAGCAGAAGCACGAACAGAAUGAGGCUUCCGGCGACAACUGCAACAACAAUGCAAAUGGAGCCAAGACGGCGGAGGGAGACGAUGCCGCGCCAGCGGAGUCCCGCAAACGUUUCCGUGAAGAGUUCAAGAUUGCGGUGCGUCACCUCGCGGAGAAUACGACGGAGCAGCAGCUGCGCGAUCUCUUCGAGCCACUUGGUGCCAUCAGUGAUCUUUUCCUAGAGCCNGGAGAAUACGACGGAGCAGCAGCUGCGCGAUCUCUUCGAGCCACUUGGUGCCAUCAGUGA